AGUUUUUGGGGGAGCCUCUGUAGCAGAGGGCUGUUUGUGUCUGGACUUUAAUGCUUAGAUUUUAUUUUUUUUCCUGUUUUUUUUGCUUUCCAGAAUUGAGAGUAGAGGAGUAGAAGGUUUUUGAGCUGGUAGAGCAUGCUUCUGAACUGUGGUUACUUAUGCUCUUGUUGUUCAGCUUUGUAAGCUAUCCCUCCACCUUUUGUUUGCAUUUUGGAUUUGGAGCAAAUGUAAAAGUUUCUGCUUGUUUGAAGGUGGUUCAGGAUCUCGCUAACUGAAUGAGCAGCGCAACUGUAGAAAGGCCUUUGUGUGAAGGCAGAGUACAAAACCCUAACAAAGAACUGGACAGGAGCUGGUCUGCUGAGAAACCUGGCGAGAUGUUUCACACUCCUGUGUGCCACCAGUGCAGAACUCAGUUUGCUGCAACUCUCCCCUCAGUGAAAGAAGCUUCACUUAUGAAUGCUGUACUACAGAGGAAGUUCUGAGCCCUUUGUGCCUCCAUUCCCCCCCACCAGAAGAUGUGGUGUGAAACGAGAUUUGCAAUUUUGGAUAUUUGCGUAUUUUUCAUUUAGAAAGUGGGCAUUUUAUGAGGCUUGAUGGCUGGGGGAGAUUGCCUAUGUGAAAUGCUAACUAAUUUCAGCGUAACUGAUUGCACCUUUCAGGAAGUGGUUGUGACCUGUGAGUUACCUGUGCAUGAAUCCAAGAAUUCCACAGUUAAUUAGGGAAGUGAAAAUGAAGCAAUGAAGAACCUGACAUUGCAGAACAAACAGUUUGCAAGAAGGAAAUAUUUCAUGUAGACACUGAAGAAUAACUUUGUGACCCUGUGGGGUUAUCUUUCUGAGCAGCCAGCCAGACAUGCGAGAUGAUGACAAAGAGACUUUCAAUCUCCCUGCCCAUGUCAUGCUUGGAAGGGACCUCCUCUCCCUCACCAGAGAGCAAUGUAGACUGCCAGAGCCAGUGUCUCAUAGACUGCAAGCAGGGACAUUACUACACAGCUGGCAACUGCUUGGAAUGUCCUACAGGCUUCUAUUGCCCUGGGGGUCAAAAAGCUCCAAGGAAAUGCCCACUGGGAACAGCCAAUGAACUUACAGCUCAGGUGGACAUCACAGCCUGUCAGGUCUGUCCUGAAGGUUAUCUCAGCCUAGAGAGUGGAGCUGGAUGUCGUGCAUGCCCAGAUGGCUAUUCGUGUGAUCCACAUAGUGGUGUGCAGAGGAGCUGCAGUCCUGGACAGUAUUCUCCAGAGGGAGAGUCAGAGUGCCUGGGAUGUCCAGAGAACCAUGUCUGCCCAGAUGGAAGGAGCAGGCAGCAUUGUUUGGCUGGGCAGGAGCCAGAUCCAAGCCACACUCACUGUGUUACGUAUGCCCGUGGUUCUGUCUCAGCUGAAGACGUGCUGAUGUGCCUGCCCUGUCCAGCAGGUCACUUCUGUGCAGACAGCCUUACAGACACUCCUCCUCCAUGCCCAGCAGGGAGCUACAAACCCAAAGAGGAGAUUCUCAUGCCCAGCAGCAGCUCCUUGCCCCUACCUGGAAAUGGAUUGUGUUUGAAGUGUCCUGCUGGGUAUUUCUGUCCUGAGGGAGCAAGUCACCCAGCACCAUGCCAGCCAGGUACAUACAAUCCUCUCCAAGGACAGGAUGAAGCCACUGACUGCAGAGCCUGCCCAGCAGGAAGAGCUUGCACCCAGGCUGGAUUAGCCCAGCCUGACUCUGAGUGCUUACCAGGGUACGUGUGCCCAGUAGGAUCAUCCAGCCCACAUCUUCCCAGCAAUGCCUGUCCUCCAGGAACAGUUGGCAAUGGCUUUGACCUCUUUGAUAAGUCCCAGUGUGAGACGUGUCCUGCUGGAUAUUUCUGUGUUAGAGGAACAGGGGGAAGACAGAAGCCUCCUGCUCUAUGUCCAGUUGGUCACUACUGUCCAGCAGGCACAAAGCAUGCGGUGCAGCACAAGUGUGCUCCAGGCACCUGGAGCAAUAGGACAAGGCUGAAAUCAGCAGAGGAGUGCUUGCUGUGCCCUGCAGGCUGGUUUUGUGUGGGAGGAUCUCAUGUCCCUUCUGGCAUGUGCAGCUCAGGGCACUACUGCCCUCAAGGUACGUGGAGAGGCACACAGUACCCCUGCCCUGCAGGAACGUAUGGCACCAGGCUGGGAAACAGCAGAGUGGAAGAUUGUACAGCCUGCCCUGCCGGGGCGUUCUGCCCCAGUGGGACCUCCAAGCCACUUCUUUGCCCAGUAGGAACUUACCGUGUGGAACAUGGUGCAAGAGUGGCUGCAGACUGCGUCCCUUGCCCUGGAGGGUACUACUGCCCCAACCUUGGCACUGUUACACCUCGUACAUGUGGUGCUGGCAACUUCUCAGACCAAGGUUCUGCCUCCUGCUUGCCGUGCUCUGUUGGACAUUACUGUGCUAGUGAGCACACCAGCCGGGAGGUGAUGCUGCUGGCUAUGAUUUGCCCAGCUGGUCUCAGAUGCCCAGAAGGACAGGCUGUUGCUCCAGAGGCCAAUGCAAACUCCUGCCCAAGAGGCUUCUACUGUCCCCAGGGAGAUACCGGUUCAGAUGCAAAGCCUUGCCCCAAUGGGACCUAUGGUAAACAGAAGGGACUCAGCAGUGCUGAGGAAUGCUCACUGUGCCCUGCAGGGAAGUACUGCUACAGAGCUGGGGCUGAGCCUUCAGGAAUUCCCCAUCCUACUGGAGAUUGUCCACUUGGCUUCAACUGCCCUCCAGGAACUGGAUUCCCUUUCUCCUUCCCCUGCACCCCUGGAUUCUUCUGGGAUAAUUCCAGUGCAGAGGAUGAAGACAGGUGCAAACCGUGUCCAGCUGGGUACUAUUGUGACUCUCCUGCCAUGACAGAGCCCAAAGCUUGCCCAGUAGGCUUUUAUUGUGGUGAAGGCAGCUCUAAACCUGAGCCCUGCCCAGAGGGAACUUACAGUAACAAAAAGGGACUGUCUGGACCAUCAGAAUGCAGCCCAUGUGGCCGUGGUUUCUACUGUGCUGCUCCAGGGCAGACUGGACCAAGUGGUCCCUGCAAGGCUGGGUUCUACUGCCAGGGCAGGGCUCUUACUGCAUUGCCUACAGAUGGUGUGACAGGAGAUGUGUGCCCUGCAGGGGCAUACUGCCCACCUGGGUCCCCUUUACCCAUCCCCUGCCCUCCAGGAACCUACAGCAAUGUGAGUGGGCUGAGAAGCCUUGGUCAGUGCUUGGACUGCCCACCUGGCCUUUAUUGUGAUGGGACAAAUACCCGAGCUCCCUCAGGACCAUGUGAGCCUGGAUACUACUGUACAGGAGGUGCCAAAAGUGCUCUUCAGCAUGUGGUCAUGGAAGGGCAUUAUUCCUCAGCAGGAGCUUUCAAGCCAGAGCCGUGUCCUCUUGGCAGCUUCCAGCCUGACCGUGGUCAGUCUCACUGCAGAGACUGUCCAGAGGGAACAUUCUGCAAUGAGAUAGGCCUGGCUGAAGCCCAGCCUUGUCCAAAGGGGCAUUUUUGCUUGGGUGGAAGUUCCUUGCCUCUCCCUUGUCCAGUGGGAAUGUAUACAGAUGUGCUUGGGGCAGGUUCAUGUAAGCCCUGCCCAGCAGGCAGGUACUGCAGCAUGGCAGGUCUGACUGAGCCAGAAGGACCUUGCCAGCCUGGAUAUUACUGCAGCCAAGGAUCCAGCAGCUCCUCACCUGUGGGCCUUUCGUUUGGAGAUCUCUGUCAACCAGGAUAUUACUGUCCUGCUGGCACAGGACACCCGAAAGAGAUGGCAUGUCCUGCUGGCACCUGGAAUGGCCAGAGGGGAGCCCAGGAUGCCACUUGGUGUCUUCCUUGUGCCCCUGGGUUCUUCUGCAGUAUGUCUGGCCAAGAUGCUCCCGUAGGACUUUGUGCACAAGGCUACUACUGCACAGGAGGGGCAAAGACUGCAAAGCCAGAGGAUGGUGUCACUGGAGGUAUCUGUCCUCGAGGACAUUUCUGCCCUGCAGGUUCAUCAGCUCCUUCUCCCUGCCCCAGUGGUGAAUACAGCAAUGCAACAGGUCAAGACAAAUGUGUUCCAUGUCCUGCUGGGUUCCACUGUCCUAAAGGACUGCGACGCCGCUGCCCUCCUGGCUUCUAUUGCCCUCAGGGAACGGGAAUCAGUUUUUAUCCCUGUCCCCCUGGGACUUUCAACCCCUCUUACGAACUCAGCCAGGCUGAGAGGUGCCAGAAGUGCCCUGCAGGAAUGUUCUGUGGAGACUGGGGACUCUCCUCUCCAAGUGGUCCCUGCUGGCCAGGGUUCUUCUGCACAGCAGGAGCAAGUGUCCCAAACCCUGAUGGAGCCACGAACACCAGCUCUGGUGGCCCAUGCCCACCUGGACACUUCUGUCCAGCUGGCACAAGUAUCCCACAGCAGUGCCCUGUGGGCACUUACUCAGACAGGCCAUACAUGUGGCAGGAAUCCAGCUGCAUGGCAUGCCCAUCUGGCCAUUACUGCAGCUCUGCUGCCCUCACAGCACCCUCAGGGCGCUGCUCAGCUGGGUUCUACUGCCUGGCUGGAGCUUCCUCUCCAUCACCACCUGGUGUGUGGGAGGCAGGAGGCCCCUGUCCUGUGAGCCAUUUCUGCCCAGAAGGAGCCAGCUUUCCCUUAGCCUGCCUUGCAGGGACUUAUAACAACCUUACCAGACAAGCUGCAUGCUUCCCUUGUGCUGCAGGGUACUACUGCCCAGAAAAUACUACCAGCUACAGUGUGAAUCCUUGCCCAGCUGGCUUUUACUGCCCUAAAGGAACCAGGUUUGCUACUGAGUUUCCCUGUCCCCGGGGCUACUUUAACCCUGAUUACAUGACACAGAGCUUGGAUAGCUGCUUGCCCUGCCCACCUGGGCAUUACUGUGGGAAGGAGAACUUGACAGCUCCAUCAGGCAAGUGUGAUGCAGGCUGGUUUUGCAUCUCUGCUGCUUGGACCUCACAGCCUUUUGACCUGGAUAACUACACCAGUGCCAACUGCCUCUGCCCAGCUACUGCUACUGGAGGGAAGUGCAUAGCUGGUUUCUAUUGCCCUCGAGGAAGCCCAGAGCCUCUUCCCUGCCGUCCUGGGUUUUACUGCAAUGCUUCAGGUCUGUCUAUGCCUAGUGGGGAAUGUACUGCUGGGUUUUACUGUAAAGGUGGAGCAGUUCUCCCUAAUCCAACAGAUGAUGUGACUGGGAAUAUCUGCCCUGAGGGGACUUACUGCACUGCAGGGUCAGCAGAACCCAAGCUGUGCCCAGCUGGCACCUUCUCCAGCCUGCCAGGGAGGAGAUCACUUUCUGAGUGCCAACCUUGUCCCUCUGGCUUCUACUGCGAGGGUCCUGGUCUCAGUGCCCCCACUGGAGAGUGCUGGGAAGGCUAUUACUGUGACAACCAGCAAAGGCCAGUUACUGAUUUUACCCUUUACCCCUGCCCUCAAGGCUUUUACUGCCCACCAGGGACAAAGAGGAACACUCAGUACAGCUGUCCAGUGGGAACGUUUGGCCCAAGGCAAAAACUGAAAACUGUCAAAGAAUGUCAAAGCUGCCCACCAGGAAAAUACUGUGAAUUCUCUGGACUUGCUGCCCCCACAGGAGACUGUGCUGAGGGAUUUUGGUGCAGAAUUGGUGCCCGGGUAAGAAAUCCUCAAGAUGGAGAAUCAGGAUUUCCUUGUCCUCCUGGUCAUUACUGUCCAGAAGGUGCACCACAUCCUUUAAAGUGUCCUCCUGGCACCUGGUCUGGCAGUGAAGGCAGGAGGAGUUUGCAGGACUGCCAGCCUUGUCCUGGAGGGCACUAUUGCAACAGCUCUGGACAGAGAGCCCCCACAGGCCACUGCAGCCCAGGGCAAGUAGAAGAUUGAACACAUCUGUGUAGUCUGGA